GCCGCGGAUCUCCUCCCCGGACCUCCACACCGAUUUAUCUCAUUAUCAUGAAACUUCUCUAAAAGCUGCAGCGCUCCUCUCAUGGUGUCCCCGGAAGACUCCCCGGCAUUUAUUCGACUUUUCACGGCAACUAUCGGCCACCGCUUUUGGUGUCUGGACAAUCAUGGAAACGUGGUGUUUGAAUCACGUCCUCGGUUUGUCUCUGUCGGUCCUCCUGCUGGGUCUACCGGGGCCCCUCAGGGCAGGGACCCCAUAUAACAGCAGCACGGACCCGGGAGCGACUGGAUUUUAUUAUUCCACCGCCACAAAUGAACUCGGUGACAUGGAAUACAAAGUAACUUCAACUUCACAGUCCAGCAGCGAGAGUUUAUCACCAUCACAGAGAAACCUCCUGCUCACACACACUGCUGAAACUCAAACUGCUGCUGCUGCUGGAAACUUAGACACUGAACAGACACAAACCUUCACAGAAACAAGCAGCAGGUCAUUCGAAACUGUACGUCUGUCGACUGAGCCAUUCACCUCCACCCUUGUUGCGGCCACCACUGAGGCCAGCAGCAGCAGCAGCAGCAGCAGCAGCAGUAUCAGCAGCAGCAGCAGCAGCAGCAGCAGCAGCAGCAGCAGUAUCAUCAGCAGCAGCAGCAGCAGCAGCAGCAGCAGCAGCAGCAGUAUCAGCAGCAGCAGCAGCAGUGACAGCAGCAGCAGCAGUGACAGCAGCAGCAGCAGUGACAGCAGCAGCAGCAGCAGCAGCAGUGACAGCAGCAGCAGCAGUAACAGGACUGAUCCCCUUAACACGGACCGGCUGCCACAUGUCUCCCCUGUUGUGUCCCAGCAGGCCAUGUCCUGGAUGGUGACAGAGGACUCCAGUAUGCCCCAGGACAGCCCUGACAGCACUCUCCGACUGGGAGACGCCACAUCCUCUGCAUCACAGACAGCCAUCCUCACCGACAGCACCUACACUUCCACCACCAUCAGCCGGGCCGGGGAGAGGACCCUGCUUUCUGUCACCUCCUCAUCUAACAACAGCACUUCCUCUGCAUUUACAGAGGACUCCAGCUCCCAUCAGCCCUUCUCUACCACAGGGGGCACAGAGACUGAGGACUACACCCACAGUGCUCCGUCCACCAGGACUGACAGCAGAGACACAACAGACCAGCACAUCACUCAGUCCUCCGGGGGGAUAUUUUCAGAAAGUGGGAGCCCAGGAGUAUCCAGAGGAACCCAAACUUUAACCGGAGCACCUAAUGCCACAGAGCAUGAACACAACUCAACAUCAAAAGGGACUUCAGACUCAACACCACAUCUCAGGGUGACUGAGCCCAGCACUGACCAAUCUGAAGUGUCCGUUUCAUCCACACCUCCUGUCAUUUCACCUGCAGGUGUUCCUACCAAAAUAUCAGGGACAGAUCAAGGUUCGGGCUCUAGUGUUAGAUCCUCCACAGAGUCUUCCACUGGAGCUUUCAGCUCCAGCACUCAGAACCAAGAUGGAACAGAGGAGAAAAGUGUGAGCUUCACUCUGACCACAGCGCCCCCCACAGUCAGCAGCAGUACAACUGAGCUGGACAACUCUCUGACUGAGACACCUGUGCUGGCCACCGAUGUACUCUUCACCACCACAGCUGUCACUGUUACAGAAAGAUCACAGAUAACAGAGGAAGACACUUUUAAAGCCACUGCCUCCACCACCACCACCCCUCUUCUACCUGCCACCUCAUCUUCCAGGUUCAGCAGCACCGCCAGUAUCUCCACUCCAGGGUCACUGACCCAAGCUACCGUCCUUUACACCACACCCUCCACCACUGCCUCCACCCUGGACCAGCAGACCUCUGCAGUGCACUCCACUCACCGCUUGUCCCCCAGCCAAACCCAGGGACCAUCAACUGGGGUGGCAAACCCUACAAACGUCACCACCCUACACUUAGACACAAGCACAGGCACUCUGGCCCACAGCCAGCACAUCACCACUACCUACACCCACAGCACCCCAACUAGGAGCACAGAGGCUCUUCACACCACCGGGAAACAGACAGACAGUGGAACCACAGAGCCGGUGGUGACAACAUCACUCCAUCCCACCAAGGCAGCACCGCCACCAAGAAACCCCUGUGUGUCCAAUCCUUGUAUGAAUGGGGGGAUGUGUGUAAGCUAUAAAGGGCAUCAAUUCAGCUGCCACUGUCAACAGGCAUGGACAGGACCAACCUGCAACCAUGACGUGGAUGAGUGUGAGAAGGACCCCUGCCCUGUUGGCUCCAGAUGUGUGAACACAAGAGGUUCCUUCACCUGUGAAUGCCCGCUGGGUUUUGACCUGGAGGACGGACGGAGCUGCACCAGAGCAAAGACAUUUCUGGGAACUUUCAGCGUAAACAGACUGCCGCAUGACCCUGUUAUCUUCAAGAGCCCCACCAUGCAUGAGCUCCAGAGAGAGAUCAUUCAGCUGCUCAAUGCCUCGUUGUCAGUCCUCCGAGGAUACAGCCGCUCAACUCUUAGUAAAAAAGAAGGGAACGGAGUUCAUAUAUUGGCUGUCAACAUGUUUUCCCUGUCCACUGAUGUGACGAGCGCUGAGGUCUACAACAGCAUCAAGAUGUCUCUCAGUAACUGCAGCUCCUCGCUGGCCCACUGCCGGAUGGUCCUGCACCACCAGCUCACUUAUCAAUUGGAGAGUCUGUGUUCAGCCCAGACAAUUCAGUGCGAUACGGAGCGCUCCACCUGUACGGACAACAGCGGCACAGCCCAGUGCGAGUGUCUACAAGGAUAUUACAAACACAACCCUGAUGACCUGUCCUGCUUAGAAUGCGGGGAUGGCUACAAGCUUGAAAAUGGCACCUGUGUCCUGUGCACGUUUGGAUUUGGGGGAUUCAACUGUGGAAAUUUUUACAAGCUUAUUGCGGUUGUGGUGUCACCUGCAGGGGGCGGCUUGCUCCUCAUCCUCAUCAUUGCUCUCAUUGUCACUUGCUGCAAGAGAGACAAGAACGACAUCAACAAGAUCAUCUUCAAGAGUGGCGACCUCCAGAUGUCUCCGUACGCAGACUUCCCCAAAAAUAACCGUAUAUCCAUGGAGUGGGGCCGAGAGACCAUUGAGAUGCAAGAGAAUGGCAGCACCAAGAACCUGCUGCAGAUGACGGACAUUUACUACUCUGUAAGGAGACAUACAGCACAGCCCUGCAUUGCGUAACUCUGACCUGGAUAGAAAUGGCCUGUACCCGUUCACAGGUCUGCCGGGCUCUCGCCACUCAUGCAUCUACCCCGCCCAAUGGAACCCAUCCUUCAUCAGUGAUGAUUCUCGAAGAAGAGACUACUUCUAAUCGCCCCACUCUGAACAUACACAAACACACAUACAACACACAAACAACCUGAGAAAACUGCCAUCUCUUAUACUGACAAUUGUGAUAUGUCAUGAGCCGCACAUUUUCAAGAACCCAUUUGACCAUCUGCAUCCUGGGUUACACAUUAGUUAUGGAAAUGUGUGUGUGUGUGUGUGUGUGUGUGUGUGUGUGUGUGUGUGUGUGUGUGUGUGUGUGUGUGUGUGUGUGUGUGUGUGUGUGUGUGUGUGUGUGUGUGUGUUUGUAUCUGCGUAUUAUGGAAGUGCACAUUUUUGCAAGUGAAAUGUUUUCGGAGUGUUGUGUGAUCAUUUCAGUGUUUUUGCAUGUUUUAGCUCAUUUACUUCAACUCGAAUGUUUAAACUGUCACAGUCUUCCUAAGCGUACUGUGGUGUGAUUGUUUUUUCUGCCUUGCAGGCAGCCAAUGAUUCUCAUUUACUUCGCUGUAUGAUGCAAAACAAAUUGCAGACACUUGAAACAUACUAAAGGUCACUCAACCAUUACAGUAAACAGCAUGUCUGUCUUCCCUGACUUGAGUUAUGUUGUUGCUGCCUGGUAAUGCAGUGCAGACUUUCUUGAGGUCUGCACUGCAUUACUGCACUUGGUUGAAAAAAAGCAGAUUUGAUGCUCACUGCAUUCACAGAAAGAAUGGGAAUUAUUGGUUGCCAGGGCAGAGGACAUAUUUAAAAUAAAUGAAAGACAGCAGAUAUGUAAAGUAUGUGAGAUAUGUAGUAAAUAGACUUGAACAUGCAAAAACAUUGACACAGUCCUUUAAAUGCUGAAAUAUGAAUAUGUGCAUGCCACUGCUGUGAUUUGAAAAUAGAUAAGAGUCUGCGUAUUAAUGGGACAUGACAAUAAUAAACCACUGAAGGAUGCACAAAGUUUAGUUUGAUACCAGUAGAAACUGAGGAAUGACUUUGUUAUCUGAUGCCAGCUUUUAUUUAUUCCCUGUAUGUCCAACUCCUUGACAUGUAGCAUAGUGGACAUCUCAUUCAGACACACUGACAGACUUAAGACAAACCUGUGGUUUAUGUGUAUGUGUGUGUGCGCGCGUGUGUGCAUGUGCCUGCAUGUGUGUGUGUGUGUGUGUGUGCGUGCAUGAGUGUGUGUGUGCAUGUGUGUGUGUGUGUGAGGAAUAACUAUUUGUAUACCAGAAGUUUUAUUACUGUUGAUGAGUAUUUGAAUGUAAAUAUGUAUCAUACUUUGUUUGGAAUAGUAUUUUUAUGUGACUAUUUUCUCUCUUUGUGUAUGUAUGAUUUGUUGAU